AAUACAAAAGGUAUUCAUUAUAUUUGAUAUCCAGUUGUUUCAAACUGACUGCAAUCUUGUAUGUAUUAGUUUCCCUUUUCUAAGGAGCUUGUGAGAAAUAACAACACGGCUUAAUAAUUUACACAUGUCUGUAUCUGUGGCUUCUCCCACAGUACUUUUGAACAGGAUUUUCUCUCUCCGAGAGCCAUGUCCUUUUUUGCUUGUUAGUGAUACUUUUGUGCAAAGUGCCACUUUUCUGACAGACGAGUUAGUGCAUAAGGCAAGGACCUCCAAUCCGGAACUAAAGUUAGUAUACUUGUCGUUUGAAACGGUAUGCGUUCCCUCUUAUAUAAAAGAAGGUAGAGACGUUUUUGUUCGCCUAUUGGAGGCAGAUUUCGAAACUCAGUUCGGUAGAAUUUUCAGCGAUAAGGAGACCCUAAAACACACAUUAAUAGUUGUUGACUCUUUCAACUACAUUCCACAAACAGAGAUUAUUAAGUUUUUAAAGUUCAUAAUGAAGCCAAAUCAUACGGUUUAUGGAGUUUACCAUCAAGAUAUACCCCCUCUAAGAUCAAACUCUGAUUUUCAAGGUCCAUCAUCUUACUCAUACUUACACUUUCUAUCUUCAUGCGUAUUUGAAAUCAAGCCCACCAGUUUUGAAGAGCAUGAUUCACUUUAUCACAGAACGCUGGAAAAUGGGCCAUGCUUUCCUGUAGGGGUACAUUCCAUUCAACAGUAUAUAUUUUUCAUCCAUUUGACUUAUCGUCGAAAGUCAGGACGGUCUUUGGAAUACAAUUUCAAGAUCAACUCAAAAACCCACAAAUAUGAAGAUGUGAAACAGACCUUGACAGAGGUGACUCAAGAUGAUGAAUCAUUACUUAAGGACUUGACUACUUUCAAUCUCGGAACGACAAAAAAACAAAAGGAGCAAAGAGAUAAAGUAGACUUGCCAUUUUUGGAAGCUCAAAAAAGCAUGGGCAGUGUCGGUGGUUCUAUUGUUUAUGAAUUUGAGAAGGAUGAUGACUACGACGAAGAAGAUCCAUACGAAGAUCCGUUUUAACAAAAGGGUUUAUAUAUAAACAUU